AUGCGUUCAGGCAAUCCCUCUCCCCAAAGGAGAGCGCUUCAUGAACGCACGCCAUCCCAAACGAACGAGUGCUCUCCGCCAGUAUCCGUGCGAGCUGUCAGUGAUAGACACCCCGAGCAGGAGGAACGUGAUGUUUAUUCAACGACUCCGUACCCGACCAAGCCGGAGCAAAUCCUUCCUCCACGACCCGGGAAAGGCCAUGAAUUCGUUCCGGACUCCCGCUUUCAUAUCGAGGAAGGACCAAGUACAUCCACCGAGGCAUACUCUACGGAUAUCAGCGGUAUCGCCGACAGCAGCCUGAUCAAUCCCUCAAUCGUUGAUUGGGACAUCUCCUCGACUUUCGACGCCGGAAACACGCCGCCACAAUUGUGGGAGGAUGAUCCCAGCUCAAGCAAAACUUCCUUCCCAGAUUCGGAGCUGCUUGAUCACGAACGAACCGGCGCCCGGCAGAUCGAUGCCUCAAGUGCCGCGUAUUCAGAUGAGGAACCGACUCUUCCUCAAAGCGCGCCAACGAUUAAGGCUGUUCCUCCCGAUUCCGUUUCUCGCCAACCUUCUGGCUCGGUCGUUGUCUCGUCUAGUAAUACAAGCCCGAAUAUUAUCCCCAUAGGACCGCCCUCCAGCCCCAACUACGUCUCCCUGGACACUUCGAGCCUCAAUUUUGUCCGCAUUGGAGCCUCUUCUAAUCCGGAUUCUGGCUCGCGCUCAAAUUCGGUAUCCUCGCUGAACUCGUUGGGAACUGUCAUUCGAUAUGCAGAUGCGGCUCCUUGGACCCAUGGUUCCUCGUCCGAGCUAGGGCCGUCGCGCUCCCAGUCGUUUCGCUCCAGCCCCCCACACCAGGUUUCUUCCAGGGAGUCCAACUCGACCAGGCCCAGCGUUAGGGCUAGGAGCCAUUCUCGUUCCGUCACUUCGUCUUCGGGUAGCGCCCCGCGCUCUGACAUACGACAAGCUGUGGUAGACAGCGGCAUGUUUAUCCAGUAUCCGAUAAUCAGGGUCCCUUCAUCAACCGGCUCAAGAAUUGAAAGCACGUCCAAUUCGGCAGGCUCGGAGGACAAUAUGCAUGAACCGACAGUAGAUUAUUCCUCGGACCGAUUCAGAUCACAUCUCUCGACUGUGACGUCGCGAUGGUCGGCCGAGGAAAAUUCUGGCUUUGUUUCUCCUUCGAACAGUAACUCGAGAGCCGUAUCACAAGAGCUUUCAUUGCCGCCCGCGGCACUGACACGCCAAAGGCUUACCUCAUCCUCCGUUUGGAUGGUGAACGAGUCGGAGGAUGACGAGUUUUUGGAUAGUGUUGCUAGUUUACCACCGCGUCCCACCAACCCUGGUGUUCCCAACAGUCAAUCUUCAAGCUCAAGGAGCAGCAGCGUGCGGAGCAAUCAGCGUCCCGGCACAAGCUCUAGCUUUAUCUCGAGCGCUCUUCCUACGUGGGCCAAGUUCUAUUAUACGGUGGCAGAAGACGCUGGGAACUCUACACUCGCCCUGGUGGAGGAAAGUAGUAGUCGCCCGGCUCCAGCGCGACCUCCGACUUCCAACUCGAGUUAUAUCCAACGGAUUGCCAGCGUCGUCACACGAGCCAGAACCUCCACCAAUGAGUCUCGUGGUAGUGUCAACCAACAACCCAUAGCCGAUCUCCGGGACCCCCGAAGCCACUGGGCGAAAGACUCCGAAGUUUCUGUCUCAAGAACCACAUCGACUCUUCACCGACUACGACAUAGCUGGUCGCCCCACCUGUUUCCUGAUAGACGUGUUGUUGCGCCAAAAACGAGCAUUUGGCGUGCGCCAUCUCUUGACUCUCGCACAGAACCGAUCCUUGGGCGGCGAAACAUCCAAGUCUGGUCCUUUUGCUUGGGAUUCAUCUGUCCUCUUACAUGGCUCAUUGCCUCCUUUCUUCCACUGCCGAGAAAACCGGAAAUGAUAAUGGAGGAAAACCAAGGACCUGACCUUGAAGCAACACUCAAGAUGCGACUCUACGACCUUGAGCGGAGGCGGUAUCUGAAUGCUCGAUGGUGGAGAAAUCUCAAUCGUUGGAUGAACCCUCUGGGUCUAGUGAUUAUUGCUAUCGUUGAACAACAGUAG